AUGUCCAAUUUUCUACGUAAAGCAUCGUUGUCAAGGAAGAAGGGUCUGAACGAUGAUACGAACCCUCGUGGUCCGUCAACUAAGAGCGACAAACCUCCUCAAUCGAGGAGUGUUAGUGAUGCUAGUACGUUAAAUGAGAACGGUGGUGAGAAUGGUGGUACAAAACCGAAGAGAAAGCAGAGUACUAGGAAGAGACUGUCAUCCUUGUUCUCAUCAUCUACGUCACUUUCAUCCCAUUUAUCAGAUCGAGAUCGAGAUUCAUCACCUACGACAUUUCAAAGACCUCCUUCCAGCCUGAACAUCUUAAGUUCAACUUCAGGCGCUUCAGGCGCUUCAACGCCCACUAGCUCCAAUGGAGGUAUCAGAAAUCUUCCGUCCAAUGGCCAGAGCUCGUCACCCAGCGAUGUCAAAGAUGGUAUUCAAGGAUUGCGCCUUGGAACAAAUACAGUCAAUCUGUCUGAUACACAAGAUGAAGACCAACUUUCUGCCUCACCUAUAGAUUCAACUUCGGCUGGUCCACCAAUCCAACCUGUCAGUGCCGCAUCAUUACCUACUGCCAUAACAAAACCAACAAGACGAAGGACAUCAAGUGUGUACUCGCAAUGGGAAUUAGAAGAAGUUGGUCUAGACUCGGAUUCAGAUGAUGAUAAUGAUGCUUUCUUAACUCCUUCAGAAGGUUUGAGCGAAGUUGAAGAGGAACCAGAAGAAGAAGAGAAAGGAAUGACAGCCACUCCUUCGACCGCUGCUACUGCUGUUACGUCAACGGCCAACCCAGUAGCGGCAGUCGUAACUGAUCCUGAAUCCGAUUCAACAAAACCCACGGAUCAGAAACGAUCGAUAGCAGACACAGCCACUGUCGAGAAGGGGACUGUAUCUCAACAAAAGGAUGUCAGUGGAACAGGUCCAUCGACAAUCAAGAGAACCGUACCUACAGAAGCGCAGACCAAAGUCAACAAACACAUUCAUGCUACGAAAGCAGGCGCAUUAGCUGUUGAUCAGGAAGGAGUCUUGGGCAAAGACAUUGAUAUCUGCAGAAGAGCUCUGUCCUUGUUUCUGACUAGUCGUAUGAGAGAAGCUGAAGUGUAUCUUGAAAAAGAAGACGGAGAAGGUCAACAUCUGUAUAUACAAUCUGCUAAAGGCAUAAUUGAAUCUUUAAAGGGAAUGAUGACAUUUGAUUCGGUCGAUCUUACCAACGCGUUGGAGAUAUGUAAAGCUACUGCAGUUACUGCGACUGCUUUAAGAAAACCUACAGAUUCAUUGGUAUCGAGAUUUGUGAAAGCUGGAGCAGGAGUAGCUAGAGUGAAAGCUAUGUCCCCAUUGGAAAGACAUACGGAAUUAGUUUAUGCCGAAACUAGUCUGUUGAAGGCAUUGUUGGCCAUAGUCAGUGGUGGUGAUUGGUUAGGUCUCAUUCGAGAAGCACUAAACAUGCGUGCUGCCCAUGGGAUAUAUCAUAUAUUACAGCAAUUCUUAGAUGAGGCGGAUAAAAAUGGAUAUGAUGAUAGUAUCGAUAUGGAUUUCCGAUCUGGUGUGGUACUAGGUCAAGGAACAAGUUCUUUGAUGCUGUCUUUACUUCCAGCCAAGGUGAUGAAGAUCGCUUCUUUGUUGGGAUACGGCGGUGAUAGGGAUACAGCUUUAGCUACUUUGAUGUCAGCUGGAGGAUGGCGUCAAGGAUUCGAUAAACCCCAACAUGAUGAAAGUAAUGAAGGUCUAAGAAGACCAGUGUGUGACUUGAUUCUAUUGACUUUCCAUUUGGUCAUUUCCGUUCUCAUGCCAAUCACUGGAGUUGACAUACCAAUGGCAACAAACAUAUUGGCUUAUAACUUGCAAAGAUACCCAGACGGCGUUUUCUUCCUUUAUUUCCAAGCGAGAUCAUUUACCGUCCAAUGUCAACCUGAAGAAGCUAAUCGAUCACUACAAAAAGCGCUAGACUCGAGUUUGGAAUAUAUCCAACUGCAACAUAUGUGUCUUUGGGAUUAUGCCUGUAAUUUCAUGAUGUUGGCCAAUUGGAAAGGUGCUCUGGAUUGUUUCAGUAUUUUGAAAGACGAAUCUAAUUGGAGUAGAGCGGUAUACACAUAUGCCGCUGCGGCAUCAUUGGUCCAGCUUUCACAGGAAGAAGAUAAAUACGAUAAUGAGCUAUUAUUGAAGGAAGCUGAAAAAUUCAUGACGCAAAUACCUAAAUUGACGAAGAAGAUAGCUGGUAAAUCAUUACCUAUCGAAAAACUCGUUUCCCGUAAAGCACGUAAAUUCCACUCUCAGUCCAAUCGACUGUUCCUACCGGCAAUGGAAUUAGCAUAUGUUUUCGGAUCUUUAUCCAAUACCCCAAGAAGAAGUUUGAUAGAUGAAUGGUUACCUAGAAUAAAUAGAGUUUUGGGAAAACUUGAUGAAACUGAUCCGGAAAUUUACGGAAGUGCAUAUUGGGACGAUUACUGCCUCGGUCAUUUCCUGAAAGGAAUGUGUCAAUUCAUUUCUCGAUAUCAACCACCCGACGCAGCUCCUGAAGCUGUCAAGAAAUCGGCAUCCGAUCCAUCAGACGAUGAAUUAGACGAAGGGGCAGAGAAGGAGUUCAAGGCUGUAAUAAGGCAUGGACCGGAAGUACAACUCGAUCACCAUAUCAUCUUCCAUUGUUACUAUGAAUUAGGUCGAUUGUACGCUAGAAGAGGUGAUGACGAACAAGCUAAAUACCACUUUGAGGUUGUCAUGGCAGGUAAAUUGCCAGAUCAUAAUCCAUACAUGGCAAAAGCGAAUGGCAAAUAUUCGUUGGAAGGCGCCUUAUUACUCAAGACUCACGCUGCAUUGAGCGCUGUAAAGGAGAAGAAGUAG